AUGCUCGCUUCGCUUCGGAAUCCUCAGAAGGACUUCACCUUUGCAACCGUUCGGGGCAGUUCAGUUGACAUGUAUUUCAAAAAUCAGAUGGAGUUGGACACAGUGUAUCGAACAAUGGAGGGUCGUAAUGUAGACUCGGUCGAAGAAGGAAUCCAGGCGGUAAAACAGGGAACCCUGAAGGCUUUCAUUUGGGAUUCUGCCCGUCUUAAUUACGAGGCCUCGAGGGAUUGCGAUUUGGUAACCACUGGAGAAGUGUUUGGACGCACUGGCUAUGGGUUGGCAAUGAAGAAAGGAAAUCCCUGGAUCUAUGAACUAUCUCAAGCUGUUCUCAGCUUUCACGAACGCGGCAUCAUGGAACAACUGGAUACUGAAUGGAUUUUCAAUUCCGGAGAGAGUGAAAAGUGCGCCAAGACCGAGUACAGUGCAGCUACCCUUGAAUUAACCAACAUGGCAGGAGUUUUCAUUCUGGUUGCGGUAGGAAUUUUAGCUGGUUUGGUGCUACUACUUGUUGAAAUAGCUUGCAAUCGGCGCAAGGGAAUUCGAGCUCGGCGAAUCGCAUGUGCUCAAAGGGCCAGUCGCAGAUGGAGAAAGAAAAUUGAGCAGAAGCGCAAACGUCCGACUUCCACAAAUACGGAGUCAUCUACAACACCGAUCUUCGUUGACGAGUGUUCAAAGCCAUUGGCAACAUCUUCGUCUUCGCCACAUGUGGAUUACCGAUUACCUCGAGCAGUUCAAGUAUCUUCCGCAGAAACUUUGGAAAUAAAUAAUUUGAACUAUCAACACCCAAAGGAAAAUGUCAACAUUAAAGUUCGGAGAGUCAAAGUAGGCAAACAGAAAAAGGCGACAUUUGUCGACGAUUCAGUUAAGAAUCUUCAAGUUUAA